AUGGACAUCAGGCUUUUGUUUGCACUAGUCUCUGUGUUUGAGCAGAUGUGGGCUGUUACUGUUGACCCAGAUUAUGGUGGCUUUCCUCUCGGGAUUGACCGUUUUUUGGGAGAACCUACUGUUUUGACCCUGAGAGAUCGCAAGGACUCUAGCUGGUCGUGGAUGGUCAACAGUCAGAAUUGCCUUGCACAAUGCGACUGCCCAAUCCAGUGGCCCACAGCUUUUUAUUGUGAUCACAAAGGUCUAGAGAAGCUUCCCAAAGGCCUUCCGUCAAGGACUGAGUACCUCUUCCUUCAGGGUAACUUUAUCACUGGCUUUGAAUCUGAAGUUUUCGUCAAUGCUAGCAAUUUACACUGGCUGUUCUUGGACAACAACCAAUUGCUCAGCGAGAAAUUUGAUGGUAGGCUGCUUUCCAAUAUGACCAAAUUGGUAAACCUGUUUAUGAACUAUAACAAUUUGACUGAGGUGCCAGUCGGGCUGCCUGGUGGACUCAAGCAGCUGAGGUUGGCAUACAACCACAUUGGAAGUCUUUCUAAUGGAGCUUUCAAGAAUUUGCAGAAUCUUACAGUGCUUUUGUUAAAAGGCAACCAACUAAAAAAUAUUAGAGAAGAUGAUUUCAAAGGUCUUUCAGUUCUUACCCUGCUGGAUCUUAGUCACAAUCUCCUGGACACUUUCCCCAAACAUCUGCCUCCGUCUGUUCAGCAGCUUUACCUCAUCAGUAAUUCCCUGACAGGCAUGUCUGAGGAUAGCCUCCAAGGAUUUAACAGACUCCGCUAUUUGCGUCUCAGCCACAACCAGCUGAAGAAUGAUGGCAUGUCUCAUGGUGCCUUCAAUGUGACCUCUCUAGUUGAACUAGACCUUUCCUUCAACCAGCUCACUGAAAUCCCAGUCGUUCCCACCACCCUCCAGUACCUCUACUUAGAGGUUAACUACAUCAGAGAAUUUAACAUUACCAGUCUCUGCAGGACGGUGGGUUUGACAUCCUAUUCACAUCUAAAGAUACUGCGACUAGACGGCAAUAAACUGACGCACCAUCAGCUUCCUCCUGAGUGGGUGUAUUGUCUCCGUGUCCUCCACAACAUUUACAUCUAA